AUGUCGUUUAUAACUAAAAGAGAACGUGUAUUUAACGAAUAUGAUCUAUUAGACAUACCGGCACGAAAUGAGGGUAAGUUGAAGGCGUACGCAUCAUGCACAGACGCGAGGGCGUGGUCGCAUUUCUGCUCAGAUAAAACUGAGCAUUUGGUGGAAGUCAUAAAAAGAAACAAUGAAACGGUUCGGCCGAAGUAUAUACCAACUGAAAUCAUCGUGAGCACUCUAAUGAUAUCCAAGAAUGCAGAGAUCGCUCGUCUCAAAAGGAAGAUAGAGGAAUUUGAACAAAUGCUAGCAGCGUACGACCAGUUAGAUCUUACAUGUGACCAAAAAUGUGAUAUUGCUAAUGCGCAUGCGGCAAUAAAGGCUGCAAACAAGGAACUCGAUGAAAUGGGUAUAGAUUCUGAAGCGUUUGAGACGGGCAAAUCAAGAGGCGAUGAGUGGAACGCCCACAAACAAUCAACUCCAAGAAUGGAAACUAAAAGCAAUCAAUUUGGAGCAUCUUGCACAUGUGAUGCAAGCACAUCUGCAUACGACACAAGGAUAGAUGAACUACAAGGAACAAUUAUUAGUAAAGAUGCAAAAUUGAGUGCGAUGCAAAAUACUAUUGCGGUUAUGGAAAAUGAUGUUUGUGAACCUUAUUGUGUAUAUGCUCAUAUUUACACAGCAUUGGAAAAAAUAUUUGGUACUUUAUGUCAAAAUGAAAAGUAUAAGGAAUAUUUAGAAUUACUAACUGCUGGCAAAGAUACUAGAGGAAUCGAUAUUAAAGGGAAAAUUCUUUUUAAAAUGAAAGUUUUAGAAAAGUUCAGCCUUGCUUUAAUCGCACCUUGUUCUGAAGACCAAUACAAUACACGCAAUGACUGCGCAUGUUAUCAUGCGGAAAUUGUAACUCAUGUCGAAACUACAUUUGCUUUAACGUCUGCUGAAAGCAAAACUCCGAACUUGGACAGUAAACGAGCACACCUUAUUGCUGAUAUAAUGCAAAAUGAAGACAUGAAAGAAAUUUUGAGCAAGGAAAGUCUAUCAACUAAAAUCGACGAUGACCAGUUAGAUGAAUGCUAUAUUAACAACACUUAUAAUAUAGAUGAAGAAAAUCUUAAACGUUUAAAGAAUUUACAAUCAAAUUACGAAGAUUUAUUAAACUGUUACGAUGAUUUGAAAUAUGAAAGAGAUUGCCUUAAUGCUCGUUGUCAAAAAUAUGACCAACUGGAAAAAGAAUGCGAGUGCCUGCAAAAUAAACUUCGAGAAUAUAAUGAGCUAUGGAAAGAAAAAGAAUAUUAUCGUAAUCGUUCCGAAGACCUUGAUAAUUUAAAAGAAAAGUUUUUAAUAUUAGCUCAUGAAACAAUGAGCAUAGAAACAAAAUUAAAAGCUGAGCAAGAAAUUAAUAAAGUUAAAUCAAAAACUAUCGAUGAAUUGAGAAAUGAUAACAUUAAACUUGAUAAUAAAUUAACAGAAGUUUCUUUAGUAUGUGAAAAGCAAAAAAAUAGUUUAAUCUGUAAAUUAAAAGAAAAGGAAUGUAAAAUAAUGUGCCAGGAACAACAAAUAAAAAGCUUAUCAAUUCAGAUUGACAAUCUUCUGGAUAAAGAUACUAACAAAAUAUCAACAAAGGAGGAUGAAUCACGGUCUCUGGUACUGAUUGAUGAAAUCGAAUCUCAAAAAGAACAAAUAAAAAAUUUAAAAGACGCUUUAUGCUGCAAUGAAGAAGAAAAACUUUAUUAUAAAGAAGAAUUUGAAAAACAGUUGGAAGUAAUAAAUCAACUCAAAUUUGAAAUCGAGGAUUGGAAAAGUAAAUAUGAAAAAGAGAUGCAAAAUAAUAAUUACUUAAAAAAUUAUUUAGAAGAAUAUCAGAUGGAGUUAAAUAAUAUUCAAAGAAAUAAUAAGAUAUUAAGCACAGAAUUAGAACAUAAAGUAAGUGCUAUUGAAAAUUUAAAUGAUAUUAUACAUAAUAAAUCUCAAAAGAUAAAUAAUUUGAUUGAUGAAAUUGAUCAGAAAGAGGAGGAAAAUAAAUCUUUACUAAAUGAAAUAAAAAGUAUAAGGGGUAGUUUUGAUCAAAGUUUAAAUUUAUUUAAAAAUGAAAAGAAAGCAGCUGUUGAUUCUAUUCGCUCUGUUCGACGAGAGAGCCUAGAAAUACUUCAAAGCACCCAAAAUUACACAGAUAUAAAAGAAGAUAUUAGUAGCCAAAACCUUUCCAAAGAUAUUAAUAAAACAGAAGAUUCUGAUAUUUUAAAAGAAAUUCAAUUAUUACGAGAGAUUAAUCUCGAAAAUAUUGAUAUCCUGCGUCGUGAAAAUAUAGAAAUUAAAAAAUCAUUUGAUCUAGCUCAAAAACAAAGCGAAGUAUUAAAAAUAAAUGCGAUAAAUCAAGAAGAAUUACUUAAAAAAUUUGAGCAACUAUCACAAUCCCAUGAUAGUCUUGUACGUGAAAAAGCUAUACUUCAGCAUGACUUAAAUAACAAGACUAAUGAAGCAAAUAAAUUAUUACAUGCUUUUGAACUAACGAAUAAAAAGAGCGAAAAUUUAAUGGAUCGUUUACAGGAGUCAGAAAAUUUACAAAAGGAGUAUCUGAAACUAAGCGUAUCUUAUCAGAAAUUAAAAGAAGAGAGAAAUGAUUUGCAAAAAAAGAACUUAAGAUUAGAAGAAGUAUUCGAAGAAUUAAACGAAUCUCAAAAAAUCAUAAAAGAACAAAACCAACGCUUGCAUUCGAAAGAGCAGCAAGUUAGCGACUUAGAAAAAACGCUAUUAGAUUUACAUCAAAAAUAUGAUCAAAUACAAAAUGAAAAAAAUAUCUUACAAAGAGAAUAUGAUGAAAAGUAUAAAGAAUUAAGGAAAAUAUGCAGCGACUUAAAUAAUAAAGUUGAAGAAAAUCAAAAUUUAACUUAUAAUUUCAAUAUCCUUAAAAGUCAAAAAACUACAGUGGCCAAUAAUUUAGAAACGUUACGAAGAGAAAAUUUUAGUAUGCAAUCAGAUUUGGCCGUUACUAAAAAGGAAAGUAAAGAAUUGAUAGAUCGCCUAAAAUACUAUGAAAAUUUAGAAAGUGAGUAUUAUCAUUUAGAAGAAGCUCAUCGUCAAAUCAAUUUAGAUAAUGAAAGAUUACAACAAGAGAUAGAGUUGAAGUUGGAAAAUUUAAAGAAAUUAGAACAGGAUAAUAAUAACUUAAAUAUACAAAAUAAAAAUCUUAUAAUCCACAAUAACGACUUAGAAGAAGCUCUUAUACGUGCAAGAAAUGAAUGUGUAAAAUCUGACUCAGUAACAAUUUCUUACGAAAAUAUCAAAGCUGAAAUUGACAUUUUAAAAUCGGAAAAAAUGUCUAGUCAUAAAAAAAUUUAUGAUUUACAGGACAAAAUAGAUGAAUUGGAAUAUCAUAUACAUGACCUAAAUGAGGGUAUAAUAGCUAGAGAUAAAAAAAUAACGACUUUAGAAAACUAUAUCAACAAUUUGAAAGACGAAAUAAGAAAACUUCAGAAUAAUUUAAAUGAAGUUGUAGAAUCUGGAGAGGAAAUGAGAAAGCUCAGUUAUGAAAAAAUGGACCAAACUCAGAAAAUGCUAGAGGCUCAUCAUUCUAAAGCAACUCAUAACAUGAAAAUGGAAGUAGCUAAAUUAAAAAAUGAAAAAAUUGUGCUCGAAGAACAACUUUCUAUAUCGAAAUUAAUAACACAUGACUCAAGUAACGAGAAACAUAUUUAUAUAUCUCAAAUAAAUAAGCUCAAUGAAGAAAGAAAUAGAAUUGUCUCAGAUAUUAUACAGUUAGAAUUACAAAUUUUUGAAGAAAGCGACUUAAAUCCAAGUAACAGUUCAACUGAAAAAGUUAUUGAAACAUUACAAAAAAUAGGUAAACAUGUUUAUAAAAAUAUGUCCUUGGAAAAAAUUUUACUAAGCGUACAAAGCUCAUACCAAAUACUUAAAUCAAAAGCAGAUGAAGCUAAAAAUAUUGCAGAGCGAGAAAGACAAAAAAUAAUUGAUGAAAAAGAGGAAAUGCAAAAAGAAAGAAAAAUUAUUGAAAAACAAUUACAAAUCUUCAAAAACAAGUUAGAGGAAAAUAAAGCUGUCUAUGAAAAUAAUAUUCGGGAUUUGGAAGGGGAAAUGUUUAACCAAACACUUCUAUCCGAUAAAAUGAAACAGACGCAGGAAAAUGAAAUAUUAAAGCUAAAAAAUGAUAAAUUGUCCCUGCAACAAUUACAUGAGAAUACUUUAGUUCAGUUGAAAGAUAUACAAGAUAAGCUUAACAAUGAACGCAAGGAAAAUAGUAUGCAACAAAAAGCUAUCGAACAAGCAACAUUAGAUGUAAAAGAAAAAGACAAACAGAUUUUAUCUCUUCAAAUACUAAUUAAAAAUUUGGAAAACAAACCAAGAAAAGAUUAUGGAAUGCAAACUUAUUUGGAAACAAUUAAAGACGUUGCGACUGAAACCGAUAAUGAAAAACUAGAAAAGACCAUUAUUUCUGUCAAAAGCUAUGACAACUUCGAAAUUACCCCAAAAGCUAGUGUCCAUUCGGAUAUAAAAACAGAAAAAAAAGAAUACAAAAACCUUAAUAUUGGUUUGAUAAAAUUUAUUUAUUCUAAUUAUAAAUCGAAAAGGUUGAGCCCUGGAAAACUCGAGCAUUAUUCCAUUGAUGGUAUCAACUUAUUAGAAAAGAAUAUUAAAGAAGUUUCAACUAAUACAUUAGAGUCUCCACCUUUUCAAAAGUCAAAUCACUCGUCUUUGGCUACAAACAGUAGUGUCGUUAAUAUUUAUAAUACAAACAAAUUUAUAGACUCGACUAAAAAUACUAAUGACAGUGAUAAUUAUGAUAGUGCCAAUAAAGCAGAAAGUAUAAAGUCAAGCCUUAUUACAGGCUUGAUCUUAAGCAAUGAUGUUUUUAACAGUAAAAAUGAGUUUGAUAAUAAUACAACUAGUGACAAAUCACCUGAACCGGCAGAUAACGACAUGUUUAUGAUUUAUAAAGACAGUCAAACUACGUCUGAUAAUCGAACUCAUGCUGAAAAUGGGCUUUGGCCACAAAAAGGUUACACUAACGUUAUUGUUGAGAGAACUACCAUUCAUACCAAUAAAAUAUAUCCGUUUUACACAAAAACAAACGAAACAUCAAAUGAAAUUCAAAAAGAAGACGAUAGUCUUGAAAGUAAUAACCACAUUAGCGAUGAUGAUAGUUUAAAGCCAAAGCUUAACAUUAAUUUACCAAGAGUAUAUACAGAUAAUAUUUCAACUGUAGCAAUAUCGGAGGAUGAUAGAAAUUCUUUAGACUCAUAUACUCGUGAUAUUUACGUCUCACCAAAGCGAAGAGUUCAUUCCGACACAAAUAUAAGUAUUGAAACUUCUAAAACCAAAAGAAUCAAUAUAAUUUCUACAAUCAAUAGCCUUCAUAAUGGCGCUAAAAAGGAAAUCAAUCUUAAUAGACAAGUUACACCCACUAUUCAAAAUAUAGAAAAAGAAUCGCAGCUUAAUAUAUCUGAUAAAAUUAAAACGAAUUCUAAAGACACAAAUGUCAUUCGAGGAACCACAACUAAAACUCGCAUAAUAAAAACCGAGUCAUUACUGACAGACGAAAGCGAUGAUUAUUCAAAACUUUCUCGAAUAAAUGCAACAUCUAAACUUUUAUCAAAAGAAAGUUCUGAUUUGUUAUCGCCAGAUGAAACUAUGAAAGAUAAUAAUGCAUUGAAACGUAAUUCCAAUAAUACGGGAAACAUACACGUCUUGCAAAUUAGCAAAAACUCAGAUUCUAAUAAAGAAUUUCAUAAAAGUCAGAGCGACGAUACAAUUUAUAUAAGCAAUCAAAUGAAUAAAUUUAAAGAGUCAGAUCUUCUUAAACAUUUUUCUACUGAAUACAUUACUGUACCUUGUAUUCCGAAGCAAACCAAAUCACUAAUAGAUCGCGCAGUGUCUGUGAAACUGGACAGAACAGAGGAGUAUAAAAAUCAAAUUCAGCAACUAAAUAAAGCAUUGGAAAAUUUAGAAAGAGACUAUAAGAACAAAAUAGAUGCUAUUAAAGUUCAAUACGAUAGUCACAUUAAGCGGAUCAUAAAUAAACAUAAUCAAGGAGUAGAAAGUAUUCAAUGUCUUCAUGAAGAAAGGCUGUAUGAUAUAAUAAAGUCUCAUGAAAUUGAAAUCGAAAGUCUUCGGACGAUGGGCAUUGAGGCUUUACGGAAAGUGGAAAGAUUAGAAAACGAAAAUCACUAUCUCAAAUCUAAACUUCGUAGCCAAGAUACAAAUUUAGAUGAGGUUCCCGUUAAAAUUCCAACGCCAGAAGUUAAGAGAAAGAGAGUUAAAUGCCGCUUAGAUGAUAAAACGCUAACAAAAACAGGUGUAGUGAUUUCUAAUCUACCAAAACGCAGGUCACAAGGGCCUUGCACUUGUACCAUCGAUUUCAAUGUAUCUGAUACAAUACAUCAUAUGUUCGACCAAGUCGACAUAGAACAGAGGAAAAUGUCUGAACAAACUUAUUUGAAAUACAUAGCAAACAAAAUAUUAAGUGGGAAUGUUGAAGUAUUAGAUGCCCAAGAGUUAUCAUUUUUGCAUCUCAAAGUAUGUCGUCAAUGGAAGAUGAGGUUAAACAAAGAAGAAACUCUACAAAAAAGAAUAGAGUCACUAGAAUCUGAACUAAUCAAUAAACAACGACAAACGCAUCAACAUAUGGCAGAAUUAGAUCGCAAAGUGGCAGAAGAAUGGCAACGAUUGCAGGAAGUGCGUGAAGCUGUUUGUUGUUCACCUAAAAAAAGUGACGAAAAUAUAUUAAAACCGAUUCUUAUGCCAACACUAUCUGACAAAGACAUUGCCGAUGUGAAUUCUGUCAGUUGUAACAUUGCCUUUGGUGAGAGACCUGGACGUAGUUUAGAAGUCGAGGCGCCAAACAUUCAGAAGCCUAAACGAGUACGAGAAAGCAAUAGGGCAGUUUUGGCAAAAAUGAAUGUCGACGAGCGAAAACAGAAAACCCCUUACAACGAAGAAACCCCAACUAGACUAAAGCGUUUCCACGAUCGACGCUUACAUAGGAAA